CUCCUCCAUGAGACCUUAGAGAGAGAACUUCCUGCACACAAGAGGGAUGCUCUACUGUUUGCCAUGCCCAACAUCAACCGUGAGAUCAUCAACAAGAAGAAAGAAGCUUUUCAAGCCAAAAUAAAAUAUCUGUCUGUUCUGUCUGCAGCCGUGGCAGGUGUGCCAGUUCCUGUACUCUCUGCUGCUGUUGAUCUAGGCAUGAUGGUUACUGUUGUCAGUCAAUAUGUACUUGGGUUUGGACUUAAUAAAUCGUCACUGCAGAGACUUGCUGUCAGCGCAGGUGUGCCAUAUGAGAAUCUGGUUGCUGUCAUCAAAUCACCACUGGCUUUAAAAGAAAUAAAUGUCGAUCUCCUCCUGAAGGUGAUAGCCCAAAUGACAGUCACAGGUGUUUUAAUGGCAGCAGAAGAAGUGUGCAGAUUCAUUCCAUUGUUGGGAAUCUCAAUAGCAAUGGCCCUCUCUUUUACUGCAACCUACAAAACUCUGAGUUAUUUUCUUAACACAGUUGCUGAGGAUGCACAGAGGGUGUUUGAAAAGUCUCUGGGUUUGGAGACAUCAGUGUGAUAUUGUAAAGUGAAUGCUAAAGGGCUUCUGACUUCUUGAUUUCUGUAGAGGAGACAACAUUAGAUUGUAAAUAGAUAAAUACAACAUCUGAAUCAUAUCCUUGCUGCACAUUUUAACCAACAUUCAUUUACAGUUGAUCUGUCAGACGUCCUCAGUGCAGGACUCAUUUACUCUUAUAGGUACAGAAACAACAGAGUUACUGUUCUCAGUAUAAGACAUUUAAGUUUCUCUUUAUCAUUUUAUCAAGGGGAGAAAUGUGAUCUUCCUAUUCAUAUAUAAACUGUGUUAAAUGUAGAAAACUGCUGAAUCAUGGCUGUAUUGCUUUUCAAAAUUGUUUGUGUGAUCGAUGAUGUCAACACUUUGAGCAAAUCAGGUAAAAUGAUGGUUACUGAUGAAACAUCUUUAUCUUGUUAUCUUGUGUCAUUGAAUACAUUGUGAUGGAACUGAUGGUUUUGUCAUUAUUUAAAAAACAUAUUUUCUACAACA